AUGUUUAUGGAGUCGAGUAAGAGGAUGCUCAUGAAAUACGGGCGGUUCCCUAGAACGUUGAAUGAUGUGCUAGUGGUGUACAAAGAAACGGAUAUGGUACCAGCUGCAGCGAUUCGGUGUCAACUUGAAGUUGUUGAAGGACAGAUAACACAACUCAAAAAAGGUAUUGAAAAUUUGGAGGAUGAGAUUUCGGGGAGAGGGAUUCCGUGGGAGUUUUACAGUAGAUUAGGAAACAAUUCUGAUGACGUCACUCCAGAAUCCAAAACUCCAGAAUCAGAAUCCAACGAGGAAGUAAUUCUUAACAACUCUUCCAACUACGGUUUCUCUCGUUCCCAGUUGCUCGCUGCCUUCUCAUUGGCUCUUUUCUUGGCUCUUUUUGUGAUUUUUGAUCUUCCUUCAUUGGUUUUUUAA